AAAAAAAGUUCAAGAUCAGAUUCGACCCUUGCUUCAACAGCUCAACGCGGCCAUACUCGAGAACUAAUUGUGCAACAUACAGUUGCGAUUUCCACCAUACGAGUUUGAAACUCCUCCGAACUACAAUCGAAUCAAAGAAGCUAUACAACGGCGGUUUGGCACCGCAAUGGACCAGCCAAUGGCCGAUGCACCAGCGGCCCAGGUCAAGGUGACCUUCACCACGACCGAGGCCGACCUGCAACUCCCUGAGAGCAAGCGCCAGCUCCUCGUGCCCGCUGAUAUCCGCCGCUAUGGUCUAUCCCGAAUCCUCAACUCCGAGUCGAUGCUCGACACGGGGUCCAUCCCUUUCGACUUUCUCGUCAACGGCAGCUUUCUCCGUACCAGCCUAGAGGACUACCUCACAAGCAACGGUCUUUCGCUCGAAACAAAUCUUAGCCUACAAUACGUGCGCAGCCUAAUACCUCCAGUAUACGAGGCAAGCUUUGAGCAUGACGACUGGGUGAGCGCCGUCGACGUCCUCUCGGCGAGCUCACCAUCUGGCCGCUGGUCGGGCGACAGCUUCCAGCGCGGCCAGGACCGGGUUCUGUCCGCUUCUUACGACGGCCUGCUGAGGAUAUGGAAUGCCUCCGGGCAAGUGAUCGCAAUCUCCCCGUCGGGCAGCCACGGCGGCCAUACUGCAAGCAUAAAAGCUGCCAAGUUCCUCACCAGCUCCCAACUCGCCUCCGCCGGAAUGGACCGAACGGUGCGUGUGUGGAAGUACACCGAAUCCAACGACUUCUCCUCGGGCGACCUCAAGCCGACACUCGAACUCUACGGCCACACCGCGUCGAUCGACUCGCUCGAGGUCGACGGAGUCUCUAAGCGCGUGCUGACGGCUUCGGCCGACGGCGCCAUCGGCUUCUGGAGCACGUCCAGGACCUCCAGCCCGGAAGCCGACGCCUCCCUCUUACCUGGCGCGCACGGCUCGAAGCGGCGCAGGGUGAACCCAUCCGUCUCAACGGCGCAGCGGGGACCCCUUUCACUGAUGGCGAUCCACAACGCGCCCGCAAGCGCCGCCAUCUUCGACCCGCGCGACCGCACCGUCGCCUACUCGGCCUCGCACGACCACACGGUCAAGACCAUCGACCUGACGACGGGGAGCGUGGUCAGCUCGCUGGCGACCUCACACCCGUUGCUGUCUCUCUGCGCCCUGUCAUCCUCGUCCCGCGCCGGCGGUUCCUCGUCCUCCUCCCCGCUGCUGGCGGCGGGCACGGCCGCGCGCCACAUCACGCUGGUCGAUCCCCGCGUCAACGCGUCGGCAACCUCGGUCAUGACCCUGCGCGGCCACACCAACAAGGUGGUCAGCCUUGCGCCGUCGCCCGACAACGAGUACUCGCUCGUGUCCGGGUCGCACGACGGCACCUGCCGCAUCUGGGACCUGCGCAGCGUGCGGCCCGCGACCAAGGACGAGGGCGGCAUGGGCGCCGUCAGCGAGCCUGUUUAUGUUAUUGAGCGGGAGAGCAGGCAGGGCAAGAAAAGGCCUGUUGCUGGUGAGGGGUGCAAGGUGUUUGGUCUUGUGUGGGACAAGCUGGGCAUCUUUAGCGGUGGGGAGGAUAAGAAGAUCCAGAUUAAUCGGGGGAGGGACGUGGUGGGGUAGUGCAUACACUGUACAUACACUGAAAGUAAUGGGCAGUGGCGGAGAGGAGGGAAA